AUGAAGGUGACCACUACGAACAUCGCCUUCCUGGCGCUGGCCGUCUUGACCUCUGCCGUGCCCAUCGAUCCCACCACGGAGCAGCAGUCAGGCGAAGCAGUACCUCUGAAGCCUCUUGCUCCCUCGUCGCUUGACGCGCCGAGAGAUUUCGGCAUCACCGAGUCUGCUGGUGACCUGUCCAGCAUUCCCUCGCGCAAGGAGUUUGAGAUCAGGCCUCGCCCUGAAGCUGCUGGCGAUCUCGGACAUCCCAGUGAUCUCAAGUCUCUGCGCGGCUCUGGCUCUGAUCGAUCCGAUGCCCUGGACGGAUCCCCUGGCGCAGGCACAAGCGGAUAUGGCUGGCCACCGAGCGGAGGCACUGGCACGGGCACUGGUACAGGCGGAUAUCCGGGCUGGCCACCGAGCUCGGGCGCUGGCACUGGAACUGGCACGGGCACAAGCGGAUAUGGCUGGCCACCGAGCGGAGGCACUGGCACAGGCACUGGUACUCUGGGCACCGUUGUUGGACCAGGGCUUGCGCAAGCUCUCAAAGAAGAUCUUGGCGAAGACAAAGUCGAUAUUGAAGGGCUUCAAUACCCAGCCGAUUGGGCAGGAAAUGCCAAUAUGGGCGCUACCGGUGGUGUGGUAAGUUUUGCUCUCUCACGCUGA